CACAUGAUGAUUCGCACGACUCACUGGCUCGCAACUUGUCAAGACUCUUGAGCUUCUACCUCCGAGAAAGGGGAAUUUCUUUUCAGAAGGCGAGGGUUUGCGGGCGAUAAGUUCGAGACGUGAUUCAAUGCAAAUGUAAAUCGACAUGUCACGCGGCAAGAUUAGACUCAGCAUUGACUUGGUGGAAGCGGCCGUUGCCCACCGCCAAUUCUUACAGCUUGUUGAUGAUCAUCCAAGUCUAUAUGCUGGUUCACACGUUCAAAACGCAAUCAGAAGGUAUGAACUUUUCUGGCUGCCUUUGCUCGCUUAUUCUACGACCUCAGAAAUUGCGGCACCACUCGACAUCGCGUGGGUUUGGCACGUGCACAUGCUGUCACCCGUCAAUUAUGAAAGGGACUGCAACGAAAUUGCCUCUACUCUGCUAGAUCACAAGAUCCUAGUUGGAGAACAGCGUCAGAAAGGGCUUAUUACGGCCAAAGCUCUGUGGGAGAAGUCGUAUCCCAGCGAGCCUUUUGAAGUUGACCUGACGGCCCCUGCUAACAAUGCGCCAGGUUUCAAGUCAAGAAUUGAGUAUGACAUCGCAGCUGCCUGUACUCGACAGAGAGUAUUUUAUUAUCAGGUGUCCUUACCUCACUUUGAAGAUAAGAAAUUCAUGACUAAAGCAAUGGAGAGAUAUACAUGGCAUCUCAUGCUCAAGAGAGAUAACCCAGAAAUGUUUCUUGUGCCUUGCUACGACUUUGAUCUCAUUUGGCAUGCGCAUCAGGUAAAUCCACUGCUAUACAAAAAAGACACCACGGAGAUACUGGGUAAAGUACUCAAACAUGAUGAUUCAGUGAACGACCGUCAGCCUGGCUCAAAGCUCAACUUGUCUGAAGAAAUAACCCGCGAAAAAUGGAAAAACCUGGGUCAAGAAUUUGCAGUGAAUGGAGCCAUGUUCCGUGGAGAGCCUCCUCUUGGAACUAACACACUGGCAGGGCCCAUUGACUACACUUGGCUGGCAGCACUCGAGUACACUGUAGAUUUGACCAAAUUGGAAGUUGAAGGUCUCCCUAAACCGAAAGCGUACACUAUUGAAAUUGAUGUCAUGAAUGGUGAGCGGGUCCUUAAGAGACAGAUUCGCGGGCCAAAUGCCACACUUUCCGAAUCCACCAAUGCCUUAUCAACGUUUACGUUUAAAACGAAGAAUAGCAGUAAUCUGAAGGUUCGCAUUUAUCAACCAAGAACAUACUCUUGCUUUACACAUUCACUUGACGAGUCUGACCAGUACCUGUUUGUAAACCAUCUGGUCGGCAAAGUUCCUUACCAAAGUACCGCCAAGCCUGAGCCAGAAACGCACGACUUAACUGUGGCUGAGAACUUCAAUGUUCGGUUUACUACUGUAGUUCAUCCCCCCAAACUAGAUGGAUACUAUUUUACCGUGAGACCAAAGAGAAAUUUCAGCCAAGUCCAAUAUCCCGGUCAGAUAUUAAGCUCGCCGACGCUCUUCCUUUCGCCAGCUUCUUUAGCUUCCCCAUCGGCACCUUGCGAAAUGUCGCUCCAUCGGGUACUUGACAGUGAGCUUCGACAGGCGUUUACCUGCCGAGUGGUGCACUCAGCUUUGUUGGUGUUCUCUUCCGUGGAGGUUAUCAACCAAUCUGGUUGCGUUGUUAGUACGGCUCACUUACUAUGGGGUAGCAUACUUCCUACGAAAGAACAGGUGAGCAAGCCACAAAAAUGUUGCACUUUGGAUGAGAACGCAGGAGAAAGAGCAAUGCUUAUUAGAGGAAGCAAAGACUGGGGAGUCUGCAUCGGAAAAUGGGAAGGGUUUGUCAAGGGUGUCCCUGGCGUGCCUGGAAUAAAAGGGCAGCCAAAUAAACCAGGUGUAAAAGGAAAACCUGGCGUGAGAGGCCAACCUGGACAUUUGUCCAUUAAAUUCUUCUCACUGUCCGGAACUAAAGAGUGGAAAGAGGUAGAAAAGCAGGGAGAUCAGUUCUGGGUAAGUCUUAGCAAAAAGAUGAAGCUCAGCAUCGAUUUGCGCACAGGCUUGAUUUCGUUUCCUUCUGAAGUACAUCACGUGCCAGAGGUAAUUGCACUCGGAUUUUCAAUUGCCAUUCUUCAUCUUUUAUGCCAGCCUUACACUCCAGUCGGAAGUACAGAUUAUUCAAAACCAUCAGUUUGUGCAUCAGGACAGGCCGACAAACCAGGCGGAAUUCAUAAUGAAGACCUUGCAUUAAUAGUGGCAGCCGGGUACUAUGCCAACACUGUACCAACUAACUCAUACCUAAAGUAUGCGAUAGGAGGAGGUGCCUGCGGUGGAUGUGGUGGAUGCGGUGGCUGUGGUGGCUGCGGUGGAUGUGGUGGUUGCGGUGGAUGUGGUAGCUGUGGAGGAUGCGGUGGUAGCUGUGGAGGAUGCGGUGGUUGCGGUGGUUGCGGCGGUGGCUGCGGUGGCUGCGGAGGAUAAUUGACUGAGAUGAUGCUAUAAAUAUUCAUUGUAACAAAACAUUAAUGAUCUGAGACAUUUAAGUCAUUUAAAUAAUCUGACUGCAUUUUAUUUCCGCAAUUACGAGAUAGAAACUUGCAGAAAACACGCAGAGUAUAGGCAAGAUCACUUGUAACUUAAAGACACUAGUAAGAAACGGCAGAAGUUUGUGUAAUCAAAAACCUUUUCGAUUUUAAAGGUCUCGUAUAGAUUUAUCACGAACAGUUUCUCACUUCCUUGCUGUGUCAUAAAAUACUAAUUCCGAUUAACCCCGAACCGUAAGGUUCGGUUUGUUUUCCCAGUAAGUACGCUCUUUCAGCAUGUCACAGAACGUUUUACAUUAAACUGUAA